AUGACAACAAGGCGCCCCAUCAAGCCCCACCACUCCUCUCGCAGGUCUGCUUCGGCUGCUCCUAUUGCAAGAUUUGACCCUACGACGUCCACUCAACCGAUUCCCUCUAUCCUUGACCCAAGUCCGGACGCAAGGUCGUGGAGAUCACAGCCAGUGUCUCGUUCGCGUAUGGCGCAAGAUGGAAGCCAAGAUAUCCCGGAGGAGGAGUUGGAUGAGAGUCCGGAUAGGUCUCGCAGUCGUUCUUCUUAUUUCUAUAGCCCCAGUGACCAGGGCACGCCACAAAGCCAUACGAGCGAGUCGUCUAGGGAAUCCAUCUCGCGUCCGCAGAACAUGAGCGACCCUAUAAGCGGGCCAGAUUCUCGCCUGUUCGGACCCUUACAGUAUAAUCCUCUAAGCUACUCCGAGGGCUACGCUUCGCAGUAUUAUUCGCCUUCGGCAUACGGCUAUUAUUCAGGAUAUCCAGCAUACCAAUAUCCAACAUUUGCACCAUAUUCUGCAUAUUCAGUUACGCCCACAGCUACCUCGACCAAUUCGUCAGCUACAGUCAAGCCUGGGUCCUUCAGUCAGGGUUAUCCCAUUGAGGGUGGCUAUAUGCCGGAAUCAGCCUUCCCUGCCUAUGAUGGGGCUUAUGGACGUCCAUACAAUGUGGCGCCUUAUCGGCAUUUGCAACUGUAUCCGCGUUAUCAAAAUAUGCAUUUAGCAACGCAAACCGAGGGACACGCUGAACAUAUGCCCGCUCAGAUAGGCGCCGCUCACGAAGAUACAAAGAGGAAGCAUGCUGGUUCUUCGCAAAAGUCAAAAACCUCUGCUAAGACGGACGAAGAAAAGAGGCGAGAUAUGAAGGAGGCAGUGCUGAAGAAAGUUGAAGAGGAUGAAGCUCGCGUCGAGCCAAGCGCUCAGCAAAGCACAGUUAGCUCAGAAGAGCGAUUGACGCCCCCCGAGUACUCGCGAAAGUCAAUACCUGCUUCUAGGCAAAGGACGGAGGAAGAAGAGAACCGAGAACUUAGGGAUGCGUUUCGAAGACGACAAGAAGACUAUGACGCUUUCCCCGCAUGGAUGAAGCAGCAAGAAGCGGUUGCAGAUAACGGCAAGCGGAAAGAGGGACUCGAAGCCUUCGUCGACGUCGUUCUUGAGAAGUCCGAGUUGAGUGGCAAGCGGGCUGCUUCCCAGGGACCGCCGGGCGAGCCGAACGAGGCUCGAGAGAAGGAACCAGGCGACAUUUUGAGCUCACAGACGCCUGACAAACGCAUCCGGAAUGGUCAAGUGCCAAUCAUGAGCAGUCCUAAAGUCGAAUCCACCAAGCCUGAAGCAGUGGAUACUAGGCACAGGCCGAAGAGCAUGUCUACAGCCGCCGGAAGAGCUCUGAAACCUCCCCCAGGACUUCCAUACCCGCCUCCGAAUGCGCUUUUACCUGAGCCCUUGUCGUCCGGAAGACCCGUUAUGGCUGUUCAAGCGAGACUAAAAGAAGCAAACAACUGGUUUCACAGAGAGGACUCGCGCAAGGAAAAACCGCUUCAAGUGAAAAUUGAAGGAAUCGCUCGUGAUUACAGUUUCUCAAAGGAUUCUGAGCAGGACCGCGUUACCGCGAAGCAAACAACGCUACUAUUCGGGGGUGUCAUUGCAAACCUUUUUGAUUAUCUUCAUGGGCGCGACACAGGUCUACCGGAUCCAGAUCCCUUUACAAAGUUCCGAUAUGUCAGCUCUCGCUACUGCGACAAAGCCAAUACCGGACGCCGCAGUUACUUUGAAAUCGACCCUCUUAUCAACCGGCGUGCAGUUCAGCCACGUCGUGCAGAAAAGCCGGAAAAGAAGUUGGUUUUGAUACGGCACCGCAGGCCUGAACUAUAG